UGCCAUCAUAACCCCAAGAAGUGGAGGUUUCCGCCUCCAUCCUACUGCCCUCCUCAACCUUGCCUGCACCUGGGACAAAAGCUGAGCUUGCAGUGUGGCCAGCGACGGGUUAAACCGUGCGUGGCCUACAGACGCGAAGAGGAGAGGCGGAGACCAAGUGGUCCUAGUCGCCCGCCGAACCCAGCCGAGCCCGGCCGAGCCCAGCCGAGCCCAGCCGAAGCGAGCAUCUCCCGCCGUCGCCGCCGCCCCGCGCCCCCGGCGCCCGCCCCCCUCCGGCUCCAGCGCCUCGCUGCCAGGCAAACCUCCCGACCAUGCCCGGUGCCCCACCCGCUUCUGCGACCCCCCAGCCCCGCGCAGCUCCGAGCGCCUGCAGUCGUCGCGCCGUUACGCCAGGCAUGCAGUAAAGGCCGAAAAUCUGGGUCACAGCUGAGGAAGACCUCAGAUACGAAGUGCAGAAUGUGGCCUACUCUACUGCCGUCCCAACUCUUCCCUCUCUGGCCACUGCUGUUGCUCCCCCUCCCACCGCCUGUGCAGGGCUCCUCCUCGUCCCCACCAGCCCCGGCCCGUCCCCCCUGCGUCCGGGGUGGCCCCUCGGCCCCUCGCCAUGUGUGUGUUUGGGAGCGGGCUCCUCCACCAAGCCGGUCCCCAAGGGUCCCAAGAUCACGUCGGCAAGCUCCGCCAGGCACUGCACCUCCUGCCACCCCAUCAGGCUUUGAGGAGGGGCCCCCCUCAUCUCAGUACCCCUGGGCCAUUGUGUGGGGUCCCACAGUAUCUCGGGAGGAUGGAGGGGACCCCAACUCGGUCAAUCCUGGAUUUCUGCCCCUGGACUACGGUUUUGCAGCCCCGCAUGGGCUGGCUACUCCGCACCCCAACUCAGACUCCAUGCGGGAUGAUGGAGAUGGACUCAUCCUUGGGGAAACACCUGCUACCCUGAGGCCCUUCCUGUUUGGAGGGCGUGGGGAAGGUGUGGACCCUCAGCUUUACGUGACAAUUACCAUAUCCAUCAUCAUCGUCCUUGUGGCUACAGGCAUCAUCUUCAAGUUUUGCUGGGACCGCAGCCAGAAGCGGCGGAGGCCCUCAGGGCAGCAAGGUGCCCUGAGGCAGGAGGAGAGCCAGCAACCACUGACAGAUCUGUCCCCGGCUGGAGUCACUGUGCUGGGGGCCUUCGGGGACUCACCCACCCCGACCCCUGACCAUGAGGAGCCCCGAGGGGGACCCCGGCCUGGGAUGCCCCAGCCCAAGGGGGCUCCAGCCUUCCAGUUGAACCGGAUUCCCCUGGUGAAUCUGUGAUGCCCCCCCCAUGUUGGGGUGCUGCCAAGCAGGAGGCCAAGUGGCCGGCAUAGCCACCAUCCACUGAGGGGGGGGGCAACCGUGGGGAACUGGGACCAUGGUGGGGGGCUCCCAGCUCCUGCCCUUGCACACCACCUGGAACACUCACUGACCCCAUGGGCAAGCCCAGCCGUUUGCCCUCCAGUGUCUGGGGGCUUCCCCCCAUUCCCACCCUUGCACAUUCACAUGAAAGCCUUGCACACUCACCUCCACCCUCACAGGCCAUAGCACACAGUCACGCUCUCCAUGCUGCUCUUCUGCUUCGUGUCCCCGUCUGCGUCUGCUCAGCUGGCUCCUAGCUCUCCCCCUCUUGUUACACAUGUUGUACCCCCUUUGCAUCUGCUGCGCCCAUCUCAGACCGGGGAUGUGCAUUUCUGGCCCAAUACACGGCGCAGUGCUCACGCUGCCGCAUCAACACCCUCUGGUCUCAUUUCUGUGGCCCUUGCAUGCUGCCCUCGAGGUGGGUGGGAGGCGAGCUAGGGGCUCCUCGUGCCGUCUGUCACAGCCCCAUCUCAUCCCAUGCCUUACGUUUCACCGUCCUUCCAUCCCAAGGGCACUGGCACUACUGAGGGCUCCCCGACAGGAACGGGGGUAGUGAGGCCCAAUUGCUAAAUUCUGUCAUCUGAAACAUGGGUUUGGGGGAGUCGCCUGCUGCACCUGAGAAGGGACUCCCAUGUCCUCCCUUCCUUCCCAAGUCCCUUGUCUUGUGUGUCCUGGCUGUCUGUCUGUGUGUGUAUCUCUGGACUUCAGAGCCCCCUGACCUCCUCUCCCCACCCUUCCCUAAGGCCUCCCUAACUGUACCUAGGCUGCCAGGGACUGAAGCCAGCUGGUUCAAGGCCAUUAAGAGCUCUGCCUCCACACCCACCCUUCUCUUCCCGGGUCCCCUCCCGUCCCCUCUUCCCUCUCCUGCCUCUCCCCCUUUUCCUCUCCUCAGGUUCUUCCCUUUCUCGUUGUUUCUUCCACUUCCCUCCUUCCUCCGACCUGGCUCCUAUGCUGUGAUAUAUAUUUUUGUAUUAUCUCUUUCUUCUCGUGGUGAUAAUCUUGUGGGAUGUAAGUUUCAAAAUUUUCAAAUAAAGCCUUUGCAAGAUAA